UCCCGUGAAUUGGUGCGCGCUGCAGCCCGCGUUUGUCCUUGACGGACGUCCUUUCGUCGAGCCGUUGCGUCGAGAGACACACACUGUGCGUGCUUUUUUUUGCCAUUUCGGUCUGGCAACGGGCUCUGUCGCUCGGUUGUCUCGAUUGUCGCUGGCUGGGAACGCGACCGCCGCCUAAGCAGCCGCACAGAAAGAGAUAGAUAGAGAGAGCAAGCACAACGGUCGGUUGUUAGUCGGACGAACAUCAUCGGAUCGGCGGCCAGCAGUGUGUCGGUGUAACGGAGAAGAAGGAACAGCCGAGAGAAGAAUUAAUCGAACCGCGACGACUGGGGACGACGCAUCGUCGGGAAGCGCGGCGGGACCCCCGAAGCGGAUAACGCGACGGCGAGAACCGAUCUGACUGGGAAGCCGGCGGCGCGACCUCAACGGCCGAACCCGUGUGUGUCUAUCACCGUCUUUGUUUCGCCCGAUUCUAUAUCUUUCCCCGGACGGUCUCCUUCCAACCAGAGUCGCCGCUAUUCCUCGUGGUACAGCAAUAAUAUCGUUUCCCGCGCGGACUGCGGAUUGGCUGAUGUACCAACGAACGAAGAGCACCGGUGCAGCGAAGCAACGUGCCCCGUUUUACUCGCGCUAGCGCCGAGGACGUGUACAAAGGAGAGACGAAAGGAAGAUAGAGAGAGAAAGAGAGAGAGAGAGAGACAGAAAGAAAGAGAAGCCACGAGAGCGCGGAGUGCGCCAGAGUGGCAAAACUGUGGCAGACAGACAGAGAGAGGGAGAGAGAGAGAAAGAGACAGAGAGAACGAGAGUAGCAAAGGAGGGGAGUGGGCGGCAGACGAGGAGGGGAACCGCCCGACCGAGUUGUUUCAUUCAUAAAAAAGUUCUUUAUUACUCUCUGUGAGCGCAUGUGCUAUUCCACGGAGGAGGACCUCCCCCGACCGGCGUAACCACGUUUACACACGGUAUUAUUUACUACUGCGCGAGAUACGAAUCGCUGCCACACGCCGUGGCAACGGUACGGCGUACGGAUCUCUCUGGUGGCUCGCGCGUCGCGCGCGUUUACGUGUUCCGAUUUUGUUCGCCGAUCGGUCGGCUUUUCGGUAUUCGUCGCCCAGUGUGACAUCGUGGGCCCUGACGUGUGUUUAUCCGCGCGUGUGUUUACUAAACUACUGGUGUAUCAAAUAUAUAUAUAUAUAUAUACAUACACAUAUAUAUAUAUAUAAUACGUGUGUGACCACCGCUGUCGUCGACGACUACGCGCGCCUAAUUAGGAACAGUUUCUUAUCGGACGUUCAUCGAAUCGGUCUCUCGCCGAUUCGCCGAAGAGGAGGACAGACGAGAAAAAGAAGAGAAGAAGGACUCUGUUCGGUGUGCCAUCGAGUGGGGUGUCCCGCGAAGAAGACCAGCUCUCUGCCUGCCACCGUUCGCUCCCGUCUCUCUCUUGCUCCCGUUUUCUUUCGCCGGAGCAAGGAACACCGCCACCGCGUACGCGCGCCUCUGUCCCAUCGGAACAGACACUCGUCUCGAUUGCGGACGAGCAAUUGGAAUUCCUCGCGUGUCCACACGCAGGCCCGAUAUAGUCGGAUGGUGCGAUCUGGAACGUGAACGUCGAUCGAUCGCCUUCUCGCGCGCGUCACAAGACCCGCUCGAGGCUCGACCGAAGGUUCGCGCGCGCUAACACACAGGGACUACCAACCGCCAGGAGGAGUUCACCGGUGGAGAGAGACAGAGACAGAGAUAUACAUAGAGAGUGUGCACAUGUGCGUGUAUUCAGUGUCUGUCGGCUGUGCGUGAACAAAGAGGAACAACAGGGGGGACGAACCGUUGAAAAAAACGAAGACGGUCCUCUCUUCUCUUCUCGCUCGAAGCGAUCGGCAAGUGCGGCGAGAAAGUGAGAACGAGAUUGCAACGGCGUUGCCGAAUCGGGUGACGGGCCCCCGCGCGGCACCAGAGAAGAAGAGGGUGGUUCGGUUGUACAGAAAGUUGCCAUUGAAAUCGUUCAACCUGGAUCUAAGAACGACGAACCUGGACGUUUACGUCGACGACCCUGAUCGGUUGUUGGACGUCCGCGACAAAUCGCGGGCCCGCGACCGCAGCAAAGCGGCCAAGAUAGAUCAGAAGACGCUGAUCAUAGACGAGACGAUCGCGACGACGGAGGACAACGGUUACGAGGAUCGUUUGCGUGAAGGCGCGAAGGACCGUCUCGCCGGGAUGAGGGGCGAGUCGGCGAGGCCGGGGAAGCGGCCCUUAAGGGCGCUCUCCGCGUCGGAGAAGAUGGACGCUAUACAGAGGGUGCACGAGGGCGAGAGCAAGGCCUCGGUGGCCCGUGACAUCGGCGUGCCCGAGUCGACGCUACGCGGCUGGUGCAAGUCCGAGCACAAGAUCCGCGGCAUGGCGAGAAACUCGUCGACGCCGGACAGCGAGGCGCAUUCGCCGGCGUCGUCGUCGGGCGCCAACAUGACCGGCACGGGCAAUUUGGCCGGCGGCUCGGCGAAUCUGUCCAGCGAGGACGAGGGCGGUCCUUGCUCGAAGAAGUCGAAGAUGGAUCAGCAAACGUCGGUGGUGGUGACCAGCGCCGGCACAUCGUUCGUGGGCGACGUGUGCACCGACGUGGACGGCAAGCAGGUCGACAACCAGGCGCAGAUCGAUUACGUUAGUUUGAUGACCAGCAUGGCGGGCAUGAGACCCGAGAACAGUUCGUUGCUGUUGCAGCAGUUGGGCCUGCUGACCGGCGCCACCGGAAACCUGGCCAAGAAUCUGUUGAGCAUGGCGCCGGCGUUGACGCACGGCAGCGCCGUCGGGCUCGUCGAGAACGGGCUGCAGUACACGAAGAGCAGCACCGGCAAUCCCGGUUGCCUGGUGAACGCAACGUUGAACGGCAGCAGCGGGAAACGACACAGCAUCUCGGUGAUCGCGCCCGCGCAAAUGGACUCGGUGGUCGCGAAAUCCUGCACGAGGAAGAGCCUGCCGGCCGCCGCGGAAGCGCCGUCGACGCCGGUCCCGGCGUCGCCGCGGAAGACCAACGAGAACACCGGGAUCCAACGGUCCGGCAAGUCGAAGAAGGAUGGAAACGUGAGCGGGACCAACAAGAAGGUGGACGAGGCGCUCUGGCUAUGGCUGACGCAGCAGCAACAGCUGCUCGGCCAACAGUCGGCCACCUUCAAUCCGAGCAUCAAUCAGCAGGACGGCUCGUGGUUCUGGCAAUGGUACAAGCAGUGCAGCUUCCCGCUGAUGACGACGACGCCGACGCCGGCCCAGCUAUCGCACGCGCCGGUCGCCAAGAGGUCGCCCAGCAAGGCGAGAGCGAUGCUCGACAACGUUCUCUGCAACAACAACAACGAGAAUGUGAAACGGGCCCUGAACAUGAUCGAGGUCGUCCAGGACGACGAGGACAUGGACGCGGCGGCCGCGGACGUGCCCUGCACAUCGGAGGAGGCGAUCGAGCACGGCGAGAAGUUCUUCAAAUGGUUGGACAAAUGCUCGGACCCGGCGGUCACCCGGCUCCAGAUCAUACAGUUCAAAUACCUAUUGGACAAUCUGAAGGCGUGUAGGAAGAAGUCGUCGUCCAGCUCGAAACAGAGCAGAAAGUAGGCGAGAGAUAGAGACAGAAGAGCUGCUGUGAUGCUAAAUAUAUAUCUUAGGAAAGAGUGCGGUUCGAGCGCGUGCCGCGUCGAACGCCGAGGACAGUGGAUUGAAAACGAGAGAUAGGUAGAGCGAGAGAGAGAGAGAGAGUAUGUAUGUAUGCAUGGGAAUUUAACGUGCGCGUGUACAUGAGGGAGAGAUAGAAUGAUGACGGACGGUAGUAGUAAAUCAGAGGCUCGUCUUCUCGUGCUAACGCGACACGGAGUCAUACGAUCUCCUUAAUUUUUCUUUUAUUUUUCGUUUCUUUUAUUUUUCGUUUCUUUUAUUUGUCGAUUCACGACCGUAAUCAUUUCGCCCGUCGCGAAACGCGUUUUUCCUAGAACGUUCGCGAUUUUCUUCUUUUUUUUCCUUAGUGUUUUUAAUUUUAAGCCUCGCGCACCUCGUUUGUAUAUAUAUAUAUAUAUAUAUAUGAGAGUUUUGUCGCACAGGAAGAGAAAUUAGACAGGCGGGGAGGAAGGGACGGGGAUAGAGAGGGGGGAGGAUGAAAGAGAUAGAGAGAAGAAAAAAGCGAGAGAGAGACAGACAAAGAAUAUGAACGAACAAACGAUCGUAUCAUGACCCAUCCACUCACUAUAACACCGGCUCCUCGAGUUUUAGUAAUCUUUUGAGAAACGUGGUUCCUUUUUUUUUUUUUUUUAUUGUUCGAUAUUUGUCUCCGAUCACAAUUCGGUUGGUUCAAUUCUUAUUUCGAAACGGUUUUACCCCGAAGAGAGUCGGAUCGAAUCAAAAAAAGAAAAAAGAAUAAAAAGGAUAGAGAGAGAAGGGUUGGCAAGCGCGAUCUGUUGCUUGUCAAUAAAGCUUGUGCGUGAAGAGGAUAUACCAAAUUCGUGAGUGGACUGUUGUAAUUAUAAUGCGAGCGAGAGAGAGAGUUGAGAUAUCUUUAGGAGAGUUAAUUAAUUAAUAUCGACUACUCAAUCAUUCGUUAGCAUUUAAGGUUCGCGCGGGAAGAGGAACGUCCUCGCACCGAUUCGGGCGACGCCGCGAUAGCGUCACCGACUAACUAAACAUCCGACCGAUGGAGAAACCGCGAUUUAACCAAGAAGACAUCGCGAAGAUCCGCGUUUUUUCAUCCACGGUCGGGGGAAAAAGGGGGUGUGGGGGAAUAUCUACCAUCUUUUUAAUUCUUUAAUUCCUUUUUUUUCCUUCUUCUUUUUUCGUUUUCGUGUUUAGUUAGGCAUACGUUAUCACGGUUUAGUUAUUCGCGCGACGUAUUACAUAUAAAUAUAAAGAUAUAUAGAUAUAUUAUUAUAUUUAAUGAAACGAAA